AUGCCUACCUACAAGCUGACCUACUUCAACGUUCGCGGAAUUGGCGAGCCAGCUCGUAUUCUUUUCCAACUGGCAGGUGUUCCAUUUGAGGACUACCGAAUGACUCAUGGAGACGGGACAUGGGAAAAACUUAAAGACAAGACCCCAUUCGGAAAAGUCCCAUUCCUCACAGUAGACGGAUUGGAAAUCCCACAGUCCCAUGCUAUAAUCCGUUACCUUGGAAACAAGUUCGGCUACGCUGGACAAACCCCGGAGGAGAAGGCCUGGGUCGACGCGAUUUGCGAUCAAGUCAAGGACUUUAUGGUUCCGUUCCGAGACCUCAUUCUGGCUGAAAUGGCUGGAAAGAAACCUGAUGAAAUUGCCAAGCUCGCGAAGGAAACUUUUGUUCCAGGAAGAGAUGCGUACUUUAAGAGCAUCAACAAGAUCCUUGGGAAGAGCAAGUCGGGAUUUUUGGUUGGCGACAAGCUCACAUUCGCCGAUCUCGUUGUGGUUGAAAAUGUUACUACACUAGAAAAGAACAAGCUGUUCAAUGCAUCGGAGCAACCAAAAUUGGCCGCUCUUCGGAAGAAGGUGUACGCGAUUCCAGCAAUUAAGAAGUGGGUCGCAAGUCGUCCAGAUACUCAAUAUUAA